AGGGCGAGCGUGCGUGUUAGCCUGUGUGCCCACGGGGUGUUUAGCUCCCUGGAGGCUGCAAUUUCUGGCUCGUCUUGAAUUGCCGGUCUCAGGAGGAGGCAUCUGAGGCAGGGGUCCCCGCGUUGGGCUGCAGGGCGGGGGGGCCAGUCAGGCAGGCGGGCAGAUCCCGCGGCUGCAUGAAGGACAGUGGGCAGGGAAAGCGUAGAGGGGUGCGUGCCCCCUGGGCCAGACAAGCGCCUGGUGCAGAGGGAUGGACAGUGCCUGUGGGGCUGCUUCCGAGGGAGGCAGGAGCCCAGGGGCGGAGGGCAUCCCGGGAUGAGGGCCAGGAGCCGGAAAGAUGACACCGGGACCAUCCAAAGCCAGGGGUGCUGCAUGAGGGGCCGCAGGGGCGACCGCAUGACCAUCAACAUCCAGGAGCACAUGGCCAUCAACGUGUGCCCCGGGCCCAUCCGGCCCAUCCGGCAGAUCUCUGACUACUUCCCCCGCCGGGCACUGGGACCAGAAGGCGGGGGCAGAGAUCUCAGGGAGGCCCCUGCUCGGCUGGCGCCCCUGGCCCUGGCCCCGCCUGCAGCCCUCCUUGGGGCCACCACACCCGAGGACGGAGCUGAGGUGGACAGUUACGACUCGGAUGAUACCACCGCCCUGGGCAUGCUGGAGUUCGACCUUCUCUACGACCAGGCCUCCUGCACUCUGCACUGUAGUAUUCUCAGGGCCAAGGGCCUCAAGCCCAUGGAUUUCAAUGGCCUUGCUGACCCCUACGUCAAGCUGCACCUGCUGCCUGGAGCCUGCAAGGCCAAUAAGCUAAAAACUAAGACUCAGAGGAACACACUGAAUCCUGUCUGGAAUGAGGACCUGACAUACAGUGGGAUCACGGAUGAUGAUAUCACCCACAAGGUGCUCAGGAUCUCCGUCUGUGAUGAGGAUAAGCUGAGCCACAAUGAAUUCAUCGGGGAGAUCCGAGUACCCCUCCGCCGCCUCAAGCCUUCACAGAAGAAACAUUUUAACAUUUGCCUUGAGCGCCAGGUCCCGUUGGCUUCACCAUCCUCCAUGUCAGCGGCCCUGAGGGGCAUCUCCUGUUACCUGAAGGAGCUGGAGCAAGCCGAGCAGGGCCCUGGGCUGCUGGAAGAGCGUGGGCGCAUCCUACUGAGUCUCAGCUACAGCUCUCGGCGCCGGGGGCUGCUGGUGGGCAUUGUGCGCUGUGCCCACCUGGCUGCCAUGGACGUCAAUGGCUACUCCGACCCCUACGUCAAGACGUACUUGAGGCCUGAUGUGGAUAAGAAAUCCAAGCACAAAACGUGUGUGAAGAAGAAGACUCUCAAUCCGGAAUUUAAUGAGGACUUCUUCUAUGAGAUGGAGCUCUCUGUUCUGGCCACCAAGACUCUGGAAGUCACAGUCUGGGACUAUGACAUUGGAAAAUCCAAUGACUUCAUCGGUGGCGUGUCCCUGGGGCCUGGGGCCCGGGGCGAGGCCCGGAAGCACUGGAGCGACUGUCUGCAGCAGCCGGACGCAGCCCUGGAACGCUGGCACACCCUGACCAGCGAGCUGCCCCCAGCGGCUGGGGCCCUGCCCUCAGCCUGAGUGGGACCGCACCUGCCCUGCACAGGCCCCUCGGGCCGGGUCCAGUACCCAACCUUCGCACGAGUGUGUUGCACGUUUACACGGGGUAGAUGCCCCGCCCCCACUACCUGUCUUAUUUUGUGAGAGUCCGCGUAACCGUGGGUCUGUCUUCUCGUGAGGGACCGUGGAGAUCUAUAUUCACAUAUGCAAACUUCCUCCUGCCUGACUGCUACCAUGCAAAUAUGCAAACACCCAUCCUGUGCACGCCCGCAGGGGGCUGCUGGCUCCUCUCCUGCCUCUCCAGGCUGCCCCGUCCCCCUCAGCCCACAGGGAGGAGGUCGGAUUAGGAGGGGUUCGGAGGAGGAGAAUGUUUCCAAAAGAGAGAAGGACAAAAAAAACAAAAACAAAAAAAAGAGCCACUCCUUUAAUACAGAAUCUUCGUUAAAAACCAACCAACCUAGCCCUGUA